UUGUUUUUCUUUAUGCUUAUUAGUUGUAUAAGUCGCAAUCGUGUCUACAACACACCUUUAUUCUCUGUUCGCUAGAUAGCCAAACAUUUAGUAGUUCCCUCCCCCCAACUGGACCUGCGCUCUCAUAGCUAACACAAUGAGGACCAUUAUCGAGUCGGAUGGCAGACUGGUUGAUUUUGGCAGCCGGCUUGUGAUGCUGAAGAUGUAUAUCACGAGCUUCAUUUACCUCAGGUAUCCUAAAGGAGAAUACACGUUUCGCUGGCCGAUGAGACUGACUGAGGGCAUACACAGCAUACCGCAGCCGACCAAGGCUGGUUUCGAAAAUAUCCACAUGCACAUCAUUAAAGAAGAAGACUUGACGAACAAGAAGCUUCUGCGCUGCUUUUCUGGCACUCUGACCUUCAGGGCUGAAUACCAGGGGAGGGAUGUCUUUGUGAAAUAUGCUCGCGACGAAGACAAUGUGCUGCCUCUCAUCGCUGAAUCGUUGAUUGGAAUGAAAUUCCUUCCUAGGCACUCAUAUAUACAGGAGUACCUCGGAGUCACAGCGAAUGGCCUAGUCUCGGAAUAUUUCGACGGAAAGGAGCUUCCGAUAGUAGACAGCCUAUCGGAUGUAGGGAAGAGCAGAUGCUUUGCAGCGCUCAAAAUCCUUCACGAUCAAGGGAUAGUCCAUGGCGACUUGGGGCCACAGAAUAUCAUGGUGAACGGAGACGAAGUCAAAUUGAUCGACUUUUCCAACGCGUACAGCAAGAAGUGGAAUAUCGACAGAGUAUACCCAGAUGGCUAUGAACACCCGUCCCCUGCUUCUGAAGUCGAGAAGCUAACUGAAUAUCUAAAAAAGCUGAAGAAUCACACCUCAUAGCCUUUAUUUUGGUGCUCUCUUUAUAAGUAGCUUCCUAGCUUGCUCGCUUUUCUCUUCUUUACACCAUAGUGCUGGCGCUAUGGUUUUGGCUCUAGAUCUUCCAUGACCGAAUUUGUGCGAUGCAUUCGAACUCGUAUAUAGCCUGGCGCAUUCAUUCUACGCCAGGCCAGCCAUAAAUAUAUUUUUUUAAUUAUGGCUAAUAUCCAAUACUAUUCUUCAG